AUGGGUAAUGGAAAUGCAGCUAAAGCAGACACCUGUAAUCAGCCAUGGACUAUGGAGAACCCUUGCCGCAUGCAGUUGAAUGAAACUGAGAAAGGACCAUCACACUGUGAUAAUAUAUCAGAUAAGUAUGAAGACGGGAGGAUUAUGGAGGACUCUGAUACAGAUAACUGUUUAGAAGGACCAAAUGAGGAAAGUGUGGAUAUUGAUAGAACAUAUAUGACUGUGGAUGAAGCAGAUUGUGGGACUAGUUUUCUUUGUGCUACCAUGGAUGAAACCGGUGAAUGUGAGCCUUCAGGAAGGAUGUGUUUUGGUCCAGCUGACAAUACAUCUUUGACGGAGGAAAGUGGUUUAGUUGUCGGAGGAACCGCUGACAUUGAAGAGCUUGAGGAAUGCGAGGAUGAUGAAAAGUCUGCUGAUGUGGCGGUGAUCUCAUCAGAGGGCUCCAGUCCUGCUCAGGGCGUUAAGACUGGUAUAGACACUGACCCGACUAUAGAAGACAUAUUGGCUUCUGUAGACACUGACCCGACUAUAGGAGACAGAUUGGCUUCUGUAGACACUGACCCGACUAUAGAAGACAUAUUGGCUUCUGUUGACACUGACCCGACUAUAGGAGACAGAUUGGCUUCUGUAGACACUGACCCUACCAUAGAAAACAGAUUGGCUUCUGUAGACACUGACCCGACUAUAGAAGGCAGAUUGGCCUGUGUAGGCACUGACCCGACUAUAGGAGACAGAUUGGCUUCUGUAGACACUGACCCUACCAUAGAAAACAGAUUGGCUUCUGUAGACACUGACCCGACUAUAGAAGGCAGAUUGGCCUGUGUAGGCACUGACCCGACUAUAGGAGACAGAUUGGCUUCUGUAGACACUGACCCUACCAUAGAAAACAGAUUGGCUUCUGUAGACACUGACCCGACUAUAGAAGGCAGAUUGGCCUGUGUAGACACUGACCCGACUAUAGAAGGCAGAUUGGCCUGUGUAGGCACUGACCCGACUAUAGAAAACAGAUUGGCUUCUGUAGACUCUGACCCUACUAUAGAAGACAGAAUGGCUGCAGAGCCAGAUUCCCACCAGGCAGAGCUUACUACAUCAGCUAAGCGCAUGGUCCAGCAAAAUAUACCAAGAUCUCCAGUUUUUCCUGCUCGAGAAAAAACCCCUAAGCCAAGACGAAAAUGGAUGUGGCAGACAAGGGAGAUAUGUUAUGAGAGCUCUGAUUCAGAUGACGAUGAUGUGGUUUCUAUUCUUGCUCCGUCAGAGGCCAGCUUCCUCCAGGAAGAAGGAGAUCUAUCUCAGCCAUUUUGGAAUGAGGAUGUGACAGACAUGGAUGCAUUCAACAAUGAUAUACCAGACUUAGCUACCAGUCAAACCACACCACCCUUAACCCAUUCCAAACUCACAAGUGAUCAGUCUCCCUUUAGAGAUUUCAAAAUACCUGUGAAGACAACCAAGGCCGUCAUGGGACCGCCAGCCAAAGUGCCAAAGUCUCCGAUCACCUUGGGUGCUGUCCAAAGUGUGGUGAUGGGGAAAAUAGUGAAGAAGAGCUUGCUUGGAGAAAAGGCAAAGGUGCCUCCUCAAGUUUGCCCGCCAGAGUUCUUCAACUUUCCGAACUGCUUUCCACCAAAUCACUGCAUUGAAUAUUUGCUGAAUGGCGAGUGUAAAGCAGGAACAGGCUGCAAAUUUCAAAAGCACACAUUCAUCAGCAAGAACGAUGGUGUUAAAAUGGCUAUAAAGGGAAUUGAAGCUUACCAGAAGGGCGAGCUAAAGAAUGCAUUACUGGCCUAUCGGAGCUUGAUGCUGUUGGAUGUGGCCCCACCCGCUGAGGGCAUUAUUCUGAGCCUACUUCACCACUGUUGUAAGCAAGGAGCUGCGUCCGAGGCUUUGGCUAUCCUCACAGAUAUUUGUUUUGGUCGUUAUCUCAGGGCCAGUAUGUGGACCAAACUAUACCAGCUGUUUGCAGAAGACAAAAUGAAAUACAGAGAACAUAUCAGUCUACUAUUAAAGGCAAUGAUCAGCUUCCAGUUGCGACCAGAACACAACUGUAUGUUAGACAUACUAAGGUGUUGUAUGGAUGGUUUAUUAUGGGAGGACCUGUGGAAAGCACUGACCUACUGCCAUGAGUGGUUCCAGGUCUCCCUAAACAUGAAGACCAGUGCCCUACAGGCUCUCAAGAAUGACCCCAAGCACCUGUUACCCUUAGCAGCGCCAUGGAUCAAGGCUCAAGACGUUACCAGCCUGACCUUGAUACGCAAAGAUCUUUUGAGGACAUUGACUUCAGAAUGCCAUAGCCUUGGACUCCCAAUCUGUGCCCAGAUUUUCUCCAAGGCCUUCACAGCAUCACUAGACCCCAGGAGAGAUUUGGCCUCAAGGUAUGGGAAGUCUGCUUUGGAAGGUGCCACUGACAUUACCUGUCAUGAGCAGAUCUCUGGUCUGGCAAAUAGUGACAGUAUUCUUAGCAGGAUAAAGGGCUGUGGAGUGACCUGUAAUUGGCUGUACCUGGGUGAGCUGUUUGUGGAGGUGUGCCAGGAAGAGGUAAACGCCUUUGAUCCAGUCCUGCACAAGGCUUUCCUGGACACACUAUUAAAGGACCAACCUGCAGCUACAACAACAACAGGUUAUAAGACCUUUGUGGAGACUGCAUUGAAGGCUGCUCUUACGGAGGAUGCCCAAGGUUGUCUGAACAAGGAAUUCUUGGCUAAGAUAGGUGUGGAGCUGUUAGCCUUCUUCUACUCACACAAUGGCUGGAAGCAUGGGAUGGACAUUCUGUUCGCACUGGAAGAAAAUCAGCUCAACAGUUAUCUGACCAUGAAGCUUGAUGACCAGGCCAUGGAUGUCAGCAUCAUGGCUGUGGAAACCGCCCUCUACAAGAUGCAUCCUUCAUUUGCCAUCAGCAUUUUGAAUAGGUGUUUUUCUGGUCAGAUUUGCGGUGCCAUGUUCCUCUCCUCUUCCCUGCCAGUGAAGAAGUUCAAACACUGCCUACAUCUGUUCAGAGUGCUUGUGGACCAGCUGUUAAAUAAGAAUAUGAGAGAGGAAAUACUGGAGCUGAUGAGAGUCACUUUAGAGAAGUGUCCUGGACUGAGGGAUUCACUACAGGAAACAGGAGAUUUGGCCAGCAGCACUAUUUGUCGUAUAUUAAAUGACAAAGAAGUGAAGAUAGCUGAAGAAUUGUUCAAGCUGUCAUGUGACUACAGACUGCCAGUCCAGCCCUUAGUGGUGCGUGCCCUGCUCGUGGGCUGCAGCGAGGUGCGCUGGUCUACCAAGGUGGCCGAUCUCUUCACAUUCUGCCAGCGGAACAUUUACAGUAAACAAAACGUGGAAGAGCUGCCCAGGUCAGUUCAGAUCGAUGCUCUCCUGAGUGAGGUGGAGAUGAGGCUGAUCAUAGAGGACUACCUGUAUCAGGUGUACAGGAUCCUAUGUGACAAGAGAGCUAGGCAGAUACCAUAUGAUGAGGGAGAAUUCCACCUGCACAUCAUGGUGACCAGUAGUAUAGACCCCUACACUGAGCACACUUACCUGCCCGCCUGCAGGCCCAACGCAGUCCACCGGGCUAAGGAGUCCUUACUCUCCAUCCUUCAUGAGCAUUUCAAGUUCCAGGCUCAUGUGGCAAUGCCGAGAGUGAUCCGCGUCUCACCAGAGUCAGUGCAGCAGUAUUUCAUAGUGCUUGAUGGCUCCCGUGCAGCUCCCCAGAGGCCAGUUCCCCUGCACCCAGUUGCUCCGCACCCACUUCCUCCACAUCCAGCAGUUCCGCCCAUUCAGGGACGAGUGCCAAUGGGCCGGGCACAUGGAGAAAUGGCUGGGUACCCAGGAGGUGUACGGCCAGGUCGGAGAAGGCCACGCUCACUUCAUCCCAGGGGGCGGGGACCGGGAUACAUCAGACCACAUGAAAAGCCCAGGUACCCUCCAGCUGGCAAUAACUAACCCACACUGGUCAGUGGUUGUCUCAUUGUGUUCAUGACGACCUCUGACGGGGCUAGAUACCUUCCAGCUGGCAGUAACUAACCCACACAGGUCAGCGGUUGACUCUGUUUUCAUGACAACCUCAGACAGGUCCUGACACCUUCCAGCUGGCAGUAAUUUACCCACACAGGUCAGUGGUUGUCUUAGUGUUUUCAUGUCAAGCUCAGACAGGUCCAGAUACCUUUCAGCUGGUAAUAAUUACUAAUUUGAAAAAUCAUGUUAUGUUUUUUAAUUAUUGCAAAUUAUGAUUAAUAUUUUCAGGUUCAUAAUGUCAGAAUGAGUCUUCAUCCAAAUCUCUGUAUUGCUGUCACAUAAUAUGCGUAUUUCAGUUGUCUGUAAAUAUAGCUUGGACAGACAGGGAGUCAUGUCAUCAAAAGGAAUUAUGUAAUAUACAUUUUUGUGUGUGAGAUUAUCCUGUCUUCAUGUACAUGCAGUUGUUUGAUCAUUCAUGGAAGAACAUUUGAAGGUACAUGUAGGUAACACUACUGUGGAGAUCUGGAUUUACAUACAGUCCUUGUAUCAUUUGUCUUGACGUUUUUAUCUGAAACGCGUUGAUCGUGUCCAGAACAUAGGAGCAGGCUCUGAAGAAAUCAAACCUCAGGAGAGUCCUGGACACAAGUUGGGUUCAGUUUACAUCGUAUUGUAGGAUUUAUGUCAGUAUUACACAAAUGCAAUCUUUGUUCAUUCCAGAGAACAAAGAACAAAUGAAAUUUAAGAUCAAAUUCAUGUGUUAUAUCAGAUAGUUACAAAGAAGGGUAAAACUAUGACUUUGAUGUCAGAGUUUAAUAAACUUAAAUUUUCCAAUAAUUUAUGUUAUAUGAUCCAGUGAUUGUUAUUGGAUCUGCAUUUUUGUUUUUAUUUUCAGUAUUUUCAAAGGAUUUGAAAAAUGAUACGGUUUUAUGAAAUACUGUUGUUGAUGCAGAGUAGUGCAUAACAUGUAAAUAGGAAGAUGUUUUAUGCAUUUAAAAGUUACUUCAUCUUUCUCUAUGGAAGUGGCAGAUGGCUACUCUGGUAAUACAUUGCUUUCUUUUCUUCAGCCACUUUUGGUAAUUUCUUAAUUACAUGAUACUCUACUCAGUUUUUUAGUGGCAACUUUUUUAGAUAUUUUGUUCUGCAGAUGACCUGCAACGUAACCACUGUGAUACGCAGGAAUUGUGUUCAAUCUGAACAUGGUGUAUACGUUUGAAUGUAACAACAUGUGUAGAUUUGUAGGUGUAUUAUUCCGACAAUCACUGCUACCUUGGGGGAUCACCUUGUUGAUCCCCCAAGUGGUUUAAUUAUCAAGUGGUUUAAUGGGCAAUUACAUUGCCUAAGAAUGUCAUCAUGUAGUAUUUAUAGUUACUGCAAUAGGUCUUCUUCUUAAGUUGAUUAUAAUCAUUUUAAAGCAAGUGUUUUACCAUGCAAAUUUACCAUGCAUUUCUUAACAGACAUCAGUUUUGCGUUGUUGAUGAAGCUCACAUUUUAGGUAUGUUGGGGUUACUUUGCAUUGUGAUAUUAGAUCCCCAUAAACGUAUCAUCACUUGUUAUUGUUCAUUGAUGUGGCCAGCUCAGGUGUUAAGUAAUCAGAUUCUGCCAUGGAUGUUAGAUCAGUACAGUUUCACCCAGGGGAAUGUAUGAUGUUAACCCUGUUUGUGUCAGAUUCUGUUGUGUGUCAUACUCUUCAGCAGAAAGCAGAGUGUACCAUAGGGUGUGUUGUGUACAUUAGUGUAUGGCAGCAUCACUGGUAUGUGGUGUGGUGGACAUUGCUGUACAAGUUACCAUUAGUUUACACUGCUUCGUUGUUGAACACCAUUGAAGAUCAGUGUAAUGUAAGGUUAGUCACAAGCGCAUUUGUAAGAACUCACUUUGUACAAAUCUUUUAUAUUUUGCAUUCACUUUUCACCAAGACGUGAUGUCAGAUGUUUAGGUCAUCAAAGUAAAGUAUGGAGCCAUGCUCAUUGCUGUGAAAAAUACUCCCGGGAUGUACUCAACUUCCACAAAGACACGCUGUGUGUAUUGGCAGGCUAAUAAGAGAGAGGAAGAGAGAACUAAGAACUCCGAAGUGCAUUUAUCAAAUGAUCAAGUUUAGUACAAACCUGUGCCUUCCAAUGUAGCAUAGCGUUCAUUGUUCUCUGUUUAGGAGAUGCUUGCAGAGUGUGCAUAUUUUGUAUUCAUAAGUGUGCAGCUGUUUGCAUUUAAUUAUGUUUUCUUGUUUGAGACUUAACAGUUGACAUUAAACUCCAUG